GUAGCACACUGAGUCCAUGGUCGACCCUAACGCCAAGACUAAACAUGACCCUUUCGUCGACGUCAAGAUGGAUCUUGACAGCAAAGUCCAUGCUGUCACUCACACCGACACUGUUGCCGGCGCCAGUCCUGAACAUGCCGGACCCCCUAGGUUCGCCAGCAUGGGAGCUCAACUCGAUGGCACCCACGCUUUCCAGCAGUCCAGCAUGCCUGAUGACAUGAUGUCCGACCUCGGCGACUUUCCUGGCCACAUUCCCGGUAGCCACGAACCCUUCUUCGUCCCAUCUGUUUCCGACUACCAGAAUGUCCCCGCCUCCGGUGGCUUCGUCUACGACUACGGCGACAACGAUCCCUUCGUCAACCAGAACGUGGACUACGCUGCUACUGCUGCUGGUGCUGGCGCUCAUCCUGUUGCCAGAUCCAGCCUCUACACCUUCACCAAUGACGCUUCGAAGAUGGAGAACAGCAACAUGGCCAACUACGUCACUUCUGUUGGUGAUGCCGGUGGCUCAAGCAUGGAAACCGGUCGCGAGGAGGAAAUGGACGACACUGACUUCGAGCCCGAAACUCUUGUUGCCGAGUUUGCUCAACCUAUCAUUCCAGGCAUGGAGAAGUACGAGAACCUCUCUUAGAGCUUCUUGUACGUCCGAGACAUCGAAAGUCGUGAUGUGUACAGCAGCAUAACGGCGUCUAGAAUAGGAUCAACAUGAUCAGCUAUGCUCGUAUGCAAAAACUCACGCGUACUUUCUACUCACAGUCGCGCCACUUGAUUGCGUGUAAACCAAGUUUGAUCACAGUGCCGUCGUUGAUGGGUCGAAAGCUGAUGUUGAUAUUAUCGCCCACCGAGAUGAGCCUCUCGCGCCUUGCCAUCAAGACACUCGAGCUUUCCAAGUAGCAAAUCAAGCAGCGGGAGACACGAUACAGUUGCCACUGCCUCUUUUGCGGAACAUGUAUUCAUUCA